UUCUCUUGCAUCCCACUGAACACCUCACAAAACAAAGGAAACAUGGCAAACAUCUCCGUGCCUCGACUUGCCCUUGUACUGGUUAUGCUUUGCAUCCUGUCCUUCUAUUCGGCGUAUGCCUGUGAUUGUGACUAUCACAGCGGAGGUUGCGUUAUUAGCCAACCUGCUCCGCCGGGAUCUGCUUGCCGCUGUUCUUACAAGGGAUUCUUCACUUGCCGUGGCAGUAACACUGGAUGCCGUGAUGCAUCAUCGCAAUACUGCAAAAAUCCCGACACCUCCAUUCAAUCAUGCUUUCUCGGUGGCGGCGAUUGUGGUGGUUAUUAGUUUUCACAUGCAUGCAUGCCGUUACACUUCACCUGCAUUUUUUGUAUGCCUCGACCAAAUCAAGACAUACGCUAAUAUUUGUAAUCCAACUGUCGAGCUGACGGAUAAUAAACGUAGACAUAUAAGCGCAGCAAA